UUUCAAUUCGACCGUUCGUAGUGAGCAGUUGAUUUUAGCAGCGUUUCGGACAGCGCAAGUGUUUUAACACUAAAAAAGAAGAAAAGAAAUACAAAGUUAUAGCAGCAGCAGCAACAACAAAUUACACGCAUACAUACACAAGUAAAUAUAUAUACAUACGUAUAUACAAAGUGCUUUGUAGUAAAAUAUACAAAUACACGCAAACGGUGCGCACACAAUACGCGGCUGCUGGUAAAAUUCCACUGUGAAACGAAGGAAGUUGUGUAUUAACAAAAUAAAUACAAAAUAAUUCAAAGUACAAAACGUGUAUAUCGUUGCCGUGUGACAAAAAAAAAAAAAUCACGUUUUUCGACAAUCGUUUGCUUUUGGAGCUGUGCGGUGCGGAGCAGGUGGCUGUGUGUUCGUGUGUGGCAGAGAGCAAGUCCCGCGACCAAAAACGAGACGUGAGUGCAAAGAAAUUUCAAGGUUUCCAACGUAGGCGCAUCAGCUGCAGAAAACGCGUGGGCCAAAAGCAAGCACGGGCGCGGCAGAGCCAGAGGCAGAGGCUGGUCUAAGACAAUUACAUAUCUGAGGCCAAGGCUUACAUUGGUCCAACAAGUGCGGUUAAAUUUCCACCUAAAUAAACGUCCUACAAACUGUCGUCUCUCAAUAAAAAUUAAGCCGCAUAUACAUAUGUGCACGUAUGUACAUAAGUGUGUGUGUGCGUGUAUGUACCUAGUGUGUGCAUACGUGUGAGCAAUUUGUGUAUAUAAAUAAGCCUUAUCUCACCCGUUGCUGUCUUUGUUAUCGGCACAGUAACAAAAACAAAAGGCCGCCACUGCUGAUAAGGAGAACAGUCAUCCCUUAACAGUCAACAGAUAAUUGACGCCGCAUAUCAAAAGUCGUUCACUCUUCAAGUGAUUCUAAAAUAAACACAGAAGCUAAAUUCGAAAUGUUAUGCUACAUGUGAAACGGGCGAGCGUGUCAUAAGUGUUCGAAGAGUAUUGGAUAUUUAAGUCUGAUACAAGUACAAAUUGCAGUAAAUAUUUACAGUCCCCAGUCAAAAUCUAAAAAUUGAAAUUGUUAGAAUAAUCAAAUAAGUUGCUAAGCAAGUUGUGCUGUGCGAACCCACCAUACAAUUGAACAGAGCAACAAUUCGUAAUUCGCCGCAAUAAAUUCGCCGUGGCCGACAACCUGUUUGCUGUCAUACGAAUUCGUGCGCUCACUCGCCGGCAUUUUAUCUUGUCUUUUCUGCAUUGACGUCGAGAGCGAAUACCUUCCACCAUUCCACCACAACAGCAAGUAACGUCGACGCAGCAGGAGCAGCAGCAGCAGCAGAGGAUAUCAGCAAACGAAAAUUUGCCCAGGAGCGUCACCUCUAGCAGCAGCCGCCGGAGUCUCAGCAGCAACAGCAGCAUGGAGCCCUAUUGGAGCGAGGCAAACGGACAUGCAGCACAUCCGGUUAAGUAUGAGAGCCAAGCGACUACGUGGGGUGCAGAAUCGGGGACUCUCGGAUUAGCUGCUGGUUGACUACCAACUGUGGAACGUAAUAGGACAAAAUGAGAUAUUGAGAUAUCUGUAAGAGAGAGACAGAGAGGGAGAGAGAGAGAGAGUAUGACAUAGAGGGAGAGGGACGACGCGCGACUGACUGAGAUUGUAUUCACAUUUCGAUUAAUAAACAAAUUCUUUUUAUUUCUUUCAAAUUGCAGCCUUAGUUUAUUGCUUAGAUUUACUUCAUUUUGAAACGAAUAAAGAAUCGAUCACAACAAUAAAAUGAACCACACAUAAUUUAACUACAUAAUAAUAUUUAGAAUAAUUAGUCUUACGCUCUCUAUUCCUAAGUCAGUUUAAGUUAUGCGCCUAAUAAAUGCAUUACUAAAACAAUGAAAACGAAUGAAAAAAAAAAACAAAAAAAGAAAAAAAAAAAAAAAAACCGAAAAUUUGACAAACUUUUGAUUAAGAUUUGGACUUAUUUGUGUUUCUUAUCCUUCCCACUUCUUUUUGCAUAUGAUACAAAACGCAUACGAAUUAUAGCGAAGCAGCAGUCUCCAGUUUUCCUUAUUGCACAGAAUCUAGCUUAAAUUUUUCAACAUCAGCAACAGCAUACAGCGAGGAUGAUGCUGAAUAUGCCACGGGACGCCGUAACAAAACAUCGAGGCAAGACCCUCUGUCGCAUCGCAUCAUUGAGAAGCGUCGCCGCGACCGCAUGAACUCCUGCCUGGCCGACCUGUCGCGCCUCAUACCGCCACAGUAUCAACGCAAGGGGCGUGGCCGCAUCGAGAAGACAGAGAUCAUCGAGAUGGCCAUCCGGCAUCUGAAGCACCUGCAGAGCGAGAUCCUGCAAAAGGAGAGCGAGUACCGCAGCGGCUACAUGGACUGCAUGAAGGAGGCGGCCAAGUUCCUCUACGACAGUCAAAUGCAGGACUUCUGCUACCGCCUUCUGGCCCGCCUGCAGGAGCACAUCGACGAGGUGUUCAAAGCCGACUGCUACAAGUCCAGCCGCAGCUGCCACAUGCCGGACAAUGUGAGCGCCUCCAGCGGCAGCCCCCAUCAGGCCUACCAUCCGCCGCUGUGCCAUCUGCGCGACAUGCUGGGCGCCUCGGAUGUGGAGCACAGCAACGAUCACAAUGAUGUCAAGGAUCUAAGCUUUCGCAACCAUCUCAAUCAGCUGCACCGCAGUCAGCAGGCGACCGCAGCGGCCGCUGCUGCUGCCGCGGCGACCAAUGCCAGCACAUCGUCGAGCGCCAGCAUGGAGGGGCCGAGCGGGACCAAGCUGGCUGCGGGCAAUGGCAGUGUCAAUGGCAUCGCUGCCGAUAACAUACCCACCAACUCAACGGGCUCCAAUACUGCCAGCAGCAAUGCGGCCAGCUCGACCACGUCGACGUCCACAUGCCACACGCUGACCAAGAUGCCUGUGGGGGCGGCAGCGAUUGCUGCGCACCAGCAGCCGCAUCAGGCGGCGGUGAUUACGUCGACGGCACCCCACCACCACACGGACAGCAGCCAGCAGGACUUUGAGUCCUCGCACGAGCCGAUGCUGCACACGGACACCUCGAACAUGCAUUCGCCGCCCCCGCGGGAUGCACUGCUGCAGCAGCACGCGCACCUCGGCCACAGUCAUCAUACCACGGACAGCCAGCUGUCGGCGAGGAUGCGCAACUACUCGGAGUCCUCGCACGAAAUCGAGCACAACAACAACUACAAGUAUAAGAACCACAUCAAGGAGCGCUUCGUGCACGAGCUGCACGACGAGGAGACGAGCAGCGAGCACGCGCCGCACCUGCAGAACGAGCACUCGGACUUGCAUGCGCUGUCGGAACACUCCAAGGAUGGCACCGAGCCGGAGAUAGCGCCCAUCAUGGCCAAGAAGCGAAAACUGGCCGAGGCAGCGGCCGCCGCAGCAGCCGGCUGCAACGGGGAUCUGCCGCUGGACGUGCACAGUGAGGCGAGCAGCAUCAAUCCGGCACGCCCCAUGGGCCCGGUGCGUGACGACAAGCCCUCCUUCAGCUUCAGUGAUAUCAAGGACAUCAAGUCGGAGCUGCACAAUACCAAUUCCAAUUCUAGUCCGCUGCUGGCCAAGCUCAGCGCUGCUGCUGGCGCCCAGCUGAGCACGCCGAGCAGCACAACGGCGCCGCUGCCGUCCCGGCACUCGUUCACUGUGCCCAUCUUCGCGCUGCACGGCCAGGGCAACUACUACGUGCCACUGAACGUGGACUACAAUGCGCUGGUGCCGUACCUCAAUGGCGUCGAUCUGCUCGAGAAGAGCUACACCAGCAUGCCCGUGGUGCAUCCCAUCAACAUCAAUGUCAACUUUAUGCCCAGCUCGUCGUCCUCAUCGCUGCUGGCGGCGGCAGCGGUCGCUGCUGGUGCUGCAGCCGUUGCUGCUGGCAAGCAACAGGGCGUAACAGCCGCGGGCACGGCACCGCUUAGCGACAGCUCGGCAGCGGUUGCUGCGGCUGUAGCUAUGGCCAAGCAGGCCAUGCGCAGCAGCUGGUAAGCAGCGGCAAUGGAAGAGAACAAGUCUACCUCACUACUUCUGUGAAUAAUCAUCAAAUGAUUGAUUCCUAAUUUUGUGCGAAAUUCAAGCUGUUGGGAGUCGACUUGGAAACAACAGUAUAAACACACACUCACACACACACACAUACACAUUACUAUUAUUCUUCUGUACAUAUAAGGAAUGCAGCUCGAGGACAUUGAGCAGCCCAGUUCGGAACUGGGCGCUGUUGAGUGACCCCAUGAGCAUAGUCCACACUCACGUGCUACGGCUGUCAGCCAACUAAAUGCAAAUUAAAAAGAUCUGUAUAGAACUCUGUAAAGGUCUAUGAGAAAUUCACACAGACAGAUAUGGACAUCAAUUGAGAUGCGCCAGUCUGAUGCCAAGAACCAGCCCACGUUAGGAAAAUCUAAUGGAUUCAAACUAUAGUUAAUUGUGAAUUAAAUGUAUUUUUAGAUGUGUAACACUUUUUGCAACUAUAAUAAGCGUUGUGGUUUCAAAUCGGGCUCCAAGUGCGUUUUUUAAAUAAAUAAAUAUUCGUAAAGCACUAGUCAAAUCAACAUUUAAGCAACAAAACAAAAUACAAUGAAAAAGAGAAAGAGAAAAAAAUAAAUGGAUGUGUACAUAUUGAUAUCUUCUUACAAAUUAUAUAAAAGUUAUCCUAAGUUGAUGAGCUAGCCUAGAAAUUGUAUUUAAGUGUUUUUUUUUAUCCAAAACUCUUGGACGAAGCUAGAAAAGCAGUUAAAUUUUGUUAAAGUUUAUACCAAAUUUCAUUUUCGAAAUGGGGUUUAUUUCGAUGAACGUGUACAUUUCUGAUUCAUCGCUGUUGUCGUCAUUAGUCUUAAUAAAAUCUAUGUUUAUAAGUUGUGACAUGUUAAAUGCCCUUCAAAUUCGAACAUCUAUA